CCCCCCCAAUAAAUAAAAUAACUCAUUGAAGAAAACUAAUUAACUGCGAUGUGUCAAUGCCUGUUCCACCAUUUGGUGACUUCUUUAAAUGAGCCAAGAAUAAUAAAAACAAUAAUAGUAAAUAAAGAAAAACUGAAAGAUAGAUUAAUGCACUAAUUGAUAGUAGACUGGGUCUAAAAGAACAUUAAUUAAGUCUAUCAACAGAGCCCAAUGAGCCCACCUCCUAAGUCCAUUUACCUUAAACCCUACUGCAAAAUCUCUGGCAUCAUGCUCCUUCUUCUUCUCCAUAAUCGAACUCGAACUUGAGAAAAACAGAAAAAGAAAAAAUUAUGAGCUUGAAGUUACUAUCCAAUACCCUAUUUCAAAAUAAAAAAGCAAUGAUUAGCAGAUAUUAUUAUGCUAACCGGACUAAAAAAGUAACCUUGUAUUCAAAAAUCAGUCCUUUAGGAGACCCCAAUACAAGUUUGGUGCCUGAGCUCGAUAAUUGGGUCCAAGAUGGGAACAAGGUUCGAGUUGGCGAGCUUCAACGCAUUAUUCGCGACUUGCGUAAGAGAAACCGAUUCACUCAAGCACUUGAGGUGUCUGAGUGGAUGAAUAAGAAGGGAAUUUGCAUAUUUUCCUCGACUGAACAUGCUGUUCAGUUGGAUCUGAUUGGCAAAGUUCGUGGCUUUCUCUCUGCUGAGAACUAUUUCAACAACUUGAUGGAUCAUGAUAAAACUGAUAAGACUUAUGGGGCUCUUCUAAAUUGUUAUGUUAGGCAACGUCAAACUGAUAGGUCUAUAUCACAUUGGCAGAAAAUGAAGGAAAUGGGUUUAGCCUCUUCGCCCCUUGCUUACAAUGACAUUAUGUGCCUCUACAUAAACCUUGGUCUGUAUGAGAAAGUUCUGCAUGUGUUAACGGAGAUGAAGGAGAACAAGAUCUCUCCUGACAACUUCAGCUACCGAAUAUGCAUUAAUUCCUAUGGUGCCAGAUCAGAUAUCCAGGGAAUGGAGAAAGUCUUGAAUGAGAUGGAAUGCAGACUAGGCAAUGCUAUGGACUGGAAUACAUAUGCUGUUGUUGCGAAUUUCUACAUAAAAGCUGGCCUUGCUGAUAAGGCAGUUGAUGCACUGAGAAAAUCGGAAGAAAAGCUGGAUAAGAAGGAUGGGAUUGGAUAUAACCAUCUGAUAUCACUCUAUGCAACUUUAGGGAUUAAGUCCGAGGUAUUGAGAAUAUGGGAUCUGCAGAAAAGUGUAUGUAAACGACGCAUAAAUAGGGAUUUUGUUACCAUGCUGGAAUCUUUGGUCAAGCUUGGUGACUUGGAAGAAGCUGAGAAAGUACUGAAAGAGUGGGAGUCCUCUGGCAAUUUUUAUGAUGUUCGGAUACCUAAUAUUGUUGUUGUAGGGUAUUCUAAAAAUGGACUACAUGAGAAAGCAGAAGCAUCACUUGAAGCAUUGAUGGAGAAAGGAAGGGCUACCACCCCAAACAGUUGGGCCAUGAUUGCUUCAGGUUAUCUUGAAAAGGGUGAGAAGGCCAAAGCUUUUGAAUGUAUGAAGGCUGCCUUCUCCUUAAAUGUAGAGAAGAAGGGAUGGAAGCCAAACCCUCGGGUGGUAAUGGACAUCUUGAUUUGGCUUGGUGAUGAAGGUAGUCCUGAAGAUGUAGAAGCUUUUGUCGCAUCCUUAAGCGUUGCUAUUCCUCUAAACAGACAAAUAUAUCACGCCUUGCUCAAGGCAAAAAUAAGAAGUGGCAGAGACGCUCAUGAAAUUUUGGAUCGCAUGAAAACUGAUAAAAUAGAUGAAGACGAAGAAACAAAGGAAAUUCUUGGCAUUAGUAAGAAGCAAAUAAAUUUGAAUGGAUAGUUUUCUUAACGCAAUUCAUUUUUAAGGGAAUCAUGCUAUUCAUUUUACUUUGUAAUUGGUUUGCUUCAAUGAAAUGAAAUCCUGUGUGAUUGAUGUGCUA